UUCAACUUUCAAUUUCGAUUUCACUCAGGAAAACAUGGAGUCCGUCUAAUGUUUGAUGGCAGACUGGAUUUUAUGAACCAAACAACAGAGCAGAUCUGAAACGGUUCUGUGGCGUUAGAGAAGGUUUCCAACAACAAGGAAACGGUAUAAACCGGGACAGCUCGACUGAACGUGUCGGUUUUCGUCCCUUUUCUUCUCGCGCAGUCAGACACGGUCGGUGCCGUCGUUACCGGAGACUCUGCAGAGCAGCAACAUGUUGGGAGAAACGGGACCGGAGUGGUUGUCUGAGGAGGUGAAAACCGGAACGACCAUUAUCGCCAUAGAGUUUAAUGGAGGGGUCGUGCUGGGGUCUGAUUCCCGAGUGUCUGCGGGAGCAUCAGUGGUGAACAGGGUGAUGAACAAACUGUCUCCUCUCCAUGAUAAGAUCUACUGUGCUCUGUCAGGAUCUGCAGCAGACGCUCAGACCAUUGCUGAGAUGGUCAACUACCAGCUGGAUGUGCACAGUAUUGAGAUAGGUGAGGACCCCCAGGUUCGUUCUGCUGCCACUCUGGUGAGAAACAUCUCGUACAAAUACAAGGAGGAGCUGUCGGCGCAUCUCAUCGUGGCCGGCUGGGACAGAAGAGAUGGAGGACAGGUGUUUGCGACCCUGAAUGGUCUCCUGACCAGGCAGCCUUUUGCAGUUGGUGGCUCUGGCAGCUCGUAUGUUUAUGGGUUUGUUGAUGCUGAGUAUCGCAGAGGCAUGAGCAAAGAGGAGUGCCAGCAGUUUGUUGUCAACACUCUCUCUUUGGCAAUGAACCGUGAUGGCUCCAGUGGCGGUGUAGCUUACAUCGUCACCAUCGACGAACACAGCACAGAGGAGAAAGUCGUUCUGGGAAAUAACCUGCCGACCUUCUUUGAUCAGUGAUCAGUGCCAAGCUACUGAUCUGCAAAAUCCAAUUAUGUUUGUUUUCCUCACAAUAACUGUGGCUAAUUUUUGACUCAACUCUCAACUAACUCAGCUUGUAAAGUGAAAUAUAUUUGACAAGUAAACCUUAAUAAUAAUUUUAAUUUAAAAAAAACUGCAUCCCUCUCUAAUUCCCAAAGCGUGACCAUGUAGCUCUUGUAUUAGUAUAAUUCAAAAGUUGUUCACACACACACUUUUCCUGAUCAGGGAAAUUUUACUGACACUGGGUUUUGUUAAUUUUAGUUAAUUGUUAAUGUGUAACUCUGACAAGAUUAUCUCACAAGAUAUAUAAUAGUUAAGUUUAUUAGCUCUGUCCCAACAGGUCAUUCAAGGUCACAACUUGCUGCAUUAUUCUGCCAGUGAGAUCACAAGACAGUAGUACAAACAAUUUAUGGUUUAAUGGGCCAAAGUAGCAGGAUAAAUAAAAGUAAAUUAACCUGCAGAACCCCUGAUAUUCCUGAAGCAUCUCUAUAAACAGUCCCACAGAGACACUUUCUCCAACAUGAGCACUGAGCAGCUGUCUGUGUGAGGUAUUCACUCUGACAAUCAUAUCACCAAAAAGUGAAAGUCAUACCAUUAAAGGAUUAUGUCACCCUUUUCAGCAUGUGACAGUUUUUUUAUCCCCAGGACAAAGAGGACUGGUUGGUGGUUGGUCUCCUGGCUGAACAGUUUAGACUGAACAUAGUGAAAAGUCUUAAAUUUAUGUGCAUUUUAAAUGAUAAAAAAUACAAUACAAGAACUGUGCUAUACGUUUUUUAUUUAAUUUUUUGCCAAUAAAUCUGGUUUUAUGACACCAC